ACACUCCCUCUGAGACCAAUCACAACAUUUUUUUCUGCAUCAUUAACACCUAAAAACGCGGCGCCAGGCCACAAGGCAAGCCUGGCGCCCUCAUUACACCCAUGCGCUACGAUUGCCAAUAUCACAGUAAUUACAGUGCCCGAGAUAUUUGGAGUCUAUAAUAUAUACUCGCGUCAAUGCAUAAUAUCCAUCGUCCUUGUUCUGCUCUAUAUUUAUUCCUCGAGGCAUGAUCCUUUGUUUCUCAGAAUAAAAAUGCAUCUCCUGCGCACUUGAGGUCGUAUGCGCCGCUGGGAGAGAGAGUGGGAAGCAGGGGGGAGUGACGGAUGUACGGAGUGAGGUAUGGGGGGAGGAGUGCGAGGGGUGGGUGUGGUAGAGGGAGCAGCUCAGGGGUUCGUUGGUUAGCGACGAGGCGAAUUAGCUACAGACAUUUUCUCCGCAGUUCCUUCAUAAUUCCGAACAGCAUCGCGCUUUAGAUUCAGAUGCUCAUUCCAGACCUCGUUCAGAUGGGACCCCGUAGGUCAUCCUUGCCUGUGGCCAACGUGGUCAUAAACUUUAUGAAAAAUGACUAACUGGCUGAUGGGCAGCUGAGCCGUCGUCCCACAGGCCUGCCGGGAAGAGUUUAGCUGCGGCCAGGCGGAAGGAUCUUUGUCAUCACGUCAGCAGAGAAGGAAUCAUAAAAAAAACAACACACAAAGUCCUCCGCACAUACCCGCCGAUGGACCGCUCGGGAGGAGUCUCGUGCACGUGUACUGAGGACGAGGAGGGACGGAGGGAGGGACGGAAGGGGAGGUACAGGCGGCGCCCCUCCCAGCUAUCUCCAUCUCCUGCCUCCCUCCCACCCAACGCAACCCGCCAGCUGCCCGCGAGUUUUUCCAUCCUCACUCUCCCUUGGUCAGUCAGCGCGUUGGUUGCUCCGCGCCAUUUUCUCCUGCCUCCUUCCCCCUCCCUCCAGUCCUCCCUCGCCCGCUGCCGUCUCCCCUCCCACGCGGUUAGGAGGAGGUGUUCCGGCCAAGGAGAUGGUGGUGGGGAGCUCCUCAUCCCCGCCUCCUCUCCUGUUCCCAGUGGCUCAUAACCAGCCUUCCGUCCCCGCCACGCCAGAGGGUUAGAUCCAGGUGUUGGGGUAACCGCCGUGCCGCAUCACGCCGCCCAGUCUCUCCAGCGCCCAUCAUGUGACCCACCGACACCUCCAUGCUGCUCGUGCCUCCCACCUCGCGCACUGCCCCCUUUGCCGAGCCCUUGGUGCCGCCCACAACCGAGAGUAGCGGGAGUGUCGCUGCCUACCCCAACCACACACUGGUGCCAGUCAAGGUUGAGCCCUCCCACCCCCGCUACCCGCCCCACCACCCGCCGCUCCCCGACAUCCACCUACGCCCACACAUGUCCGGCCUGAGCGAGACUCAAUACCCGCCCGCGUCUACCGCUACCCACUCGGCGCCCACAACGCCCGCGCCACCUUCCACUCCCACGCCUGCUCCCACAGUCAGUGCCCCGUCCGACCGCUCCGGGUCCGGCGGAUCUGCCAGCGGGGGGCCGCUCCCCAUCCUCCCGCCCACGGUGGUCGGCCCCUCGACAGGCAGUAUCGUUCCCACGUCCUCAUCCUCGGGUCCAGUGGGCGCCCUCACCCCGGCUAUGCCCGUGCCAGGGCCCUCCAACCCACAGUCCCAGCCCCCGCCAUCACAACAGCAGGGGCCACAGGGCCACCAUCCCCUGCUGGGAUACGUCAACCACGGAAACAAGAUUGUCUCCCGUAACCUCAACGGCACGCGGCCCAACUACCCACCAAUCAGCCAAACCGAUCGCCGCCCAGAAUCCAUAAGGCGCGCACAAGAUUACGGACACCCAAGUAAGUUGUCGCAGGCCCCUCCAGUCCCUCCACCUCUCUCCAUGUCUUCCUUCGCCGCCGCCGCCGCCGCCGCCGCCACCGCCGCUCCUGGGCUAAUGGCCGUGACUUCGCAGCCCUCCAACGAGUCAGAGUUGCAGCUGUACCGCGUGCUGCAACGAGCCAACCUCCUGAACUACUACGACACGUUCAUCAGUCAAGGUAGAGUGAAAGGAGGUGACGACGUGCAGCAGCUGUGCGAGGCCGGCGAAGAGGAGUUUCUCGAGAUCAUGGCGCUGGUGGGCAUGGCCUCCAAACCCCUCCACGUGCGCCGGCUGCAGAAGGCGCUGCAGGAAUGGGUCUCCAAUCCCGUCGUACCGGCUCGCGUGGACGACGCCACAGCCAUGUUCCAGAUCCCGCUGAUGCCAAACCUCCCGCCCUCUGUCGCGGCGGGUUUUCCAGCCCUCACUGGUCGGGGGCUGAUGGGAACCCCCACCCCCACGCCCACUCCCACCCGCCCCUCACCGCCCAUGAUCACCGCCAGCAUCCACCCAAACCACAACUCUAGUCCAGGCAUCACUAAGGAUUCGAUGCCCAAUAUGAACAGCAACAGCGUGGGCGGCGUGCGCGACGUCUCGGGCGUGCCCUCCACCCACUCCCUGCCGUUGACCACUGCCUCCACCACCCCCGCCCUGCCCACCUCCACCAUCGCCGGCUGCACUUCCAACGCCCGUGACGGACCCUUGGGUCUUGGGGCAGCCGGGAUGGGCGGUCCUAUGCCUGGCAUGGGCGGGGCGCCAAUAGGUGGCAUGGGAGCGGGCACAGGAGGAGGCAUCGGGGGCUCAAGAGGGCCCUCCCCUCAUCACACCUCCCCCACACACCCCGGCAUCAUCCCGCCCACCUCAGUCGGUCUUCAGAACUGCCACGGUACAAUGUCGGCUGAUAAGAAUGCGGAGUUUUUUCUCCCACUCAUGAAGAGCACGGGUGUUGAGCACCACCACCAGUACCCCCCUCCCCCCGGCUCCCCACUGCAGCUCACGCCUGUGCUGCUCAAUUCACAAGUGGACAGGCUGGCGGACACGGCCUACGAGCUGGUGCGCAAUCUGCCCCCGUUCGAGCCCAAGACACAACAACAACUAAACAACAACAACAAGCGCAAGAUGUCCAAAGAGCUCGAGUACAUAAUGAACAUGAGUGAAGACGACCCGCGGAGGAUGGAGGAGAUACGCAAAUACGCCGCCAUCUACGGUCGCUUUGACUGUAAGAGGAAACCGGAGAAGCCGUUGACACUGCACGAGGUCUCCGUGAACGAGGCGGCCGCACAGAUAUGCAAGUACAUGCCAGCCCUUCUGACGCGCCGGGAUGAGCUCUUCCCACUCGCCCGCCAGGUGGUGCGAGACUCCGGCUACCAGUACUCCAAGGGACACUCGAGGUCGCAGACGGUGGUGGGAGGACGCGAGGACGAGCCCAAAAACAAGCGUUCGAGAUCCGACUCUGGUCACGACGCCGGCGACCUCAAGAACGAUCUGCAGUGGAAGAAGAGACAGGAGCGUCUGGAGGCCAUCAGUGAGGAGCUGCGGCAUAUGAGCGAGCGAGCGGAGGAGGUGCGAACGAGCCUCUCCUCCGGCAGCGGGGACGUGACGGCGCUCACUUCCCAGAUGGACGCCCUGCAGACCCGCCACUCGCAGCUCACCCUCGAACAAAAUGAACUCCUGAAGGCGCAACGCAAGGCGAAGAGUGACCGCGUCUCUGUCUGCAGCGAGGACAGAGAGAGAGGCGAGGAUUCAGACUCACAGUUCUCCUACAGCGGCGCCAGUUCGCCCUCACAGUCGUACCUACAGCAGUUGGUGCAGGACACUCUAGUCGACGAAGGUCUCCGUGUGGUCAAGGAGUCCCUAAACCAACAGAAAGACCCUGUCUCUGGCGCCCGUAACCAAGACUCCUCUUCCUACCCGCGCGCCCCUCCACAGCAGGGGUUGCAACAGGACGGAGUAGGGGCCAAGCACAACUCGACUCCCUCAGGCACAGUGCCCACCUCCACCUCGGCCGCUCAGGGCAGACUCGUGUCCCCCCCAACCACCUACUCAGAAAUGUUCUCCUACCCAGAGAAUAAGGUGAGGAAGGUGCUCUCCUCCAGCCAGGGCAACAUCAUUGCUGUGGCCAACCCGGCGCUCUCCAUGUCAGCGGCGAUGGCCAACUCUCAGCUCAGCGACGAGGAGCGCCACAUCUCGGCGCUGUACACCCUCAGCCAGACAGCAGGAGCGUCUGCGACAUCACGGAGUAACUCUAUCAAGCAGGAGCCAAACUCCCCCGGGGCUACCAAGCAGGAGUAGUUGCGCCGACACAACCUACCCGGUGAGAGGAUCUUCACCUCUUGCCCGCAUCCACAACCCUUUCCUGCACCGGGGUACCAGUUCGCCGGACCUGCACCACCAACUCCCUCCGCCGGGCACUUCCCGCCCAAUCCUCAUCACCGUUACUCAGGCGUUCCUCGAGCAUGACGGGACGCGUGCAGCAUCAGAGUUCCUCCCCAGCCAACGCAACACUACCGCAGCAUCCGAGCAUCGGCAUCCAGGUCUUCUGUGCUAUGGAUGAUGUACUUCACCAGCACUGGAAAUAUACUACAGUUCCCUGGAGAUAUAAUGAAUAUGUUAAAACCCAGCUCCAGCCCCAGCCCGCCGCCUUCGGGAGUUGGCGUUCUGGAGAGCCUCGUGUUUGUCUUACCGCCGCCGCACUGCUGCGCCUGACGCACCCGAACUCUCCUCAUAUUUAGUAUUUGUAGUUAAGAUUUUUAUCCUCAGUCCAGUAGUGGUGAUCUGUCCGCAGUGAGAAGCAUGCUAAAGAGAUCAACACGGACAGCAGACAAGAGUGAUUACAAGAACUCUGGUCUUGGUGUGAGAAUAGUGUCAUGUGCGUGCGGGUCACAGCAUAAGCCAUAUAACAUUGGCAUUUGAAAAAAAAAUAAGAGGACAAGUUGUAUCUAGACGUGACGUUAAUCAUUAAGCAACAUUCAUUAUAACAAUUUUGGUUUAUGUAAUAACAAAAAUGUUUGUCAAGAAAUUGCAUUAUGUUUACAGAAAAGAAAUGCGAGGCUUCAGAGUUCAUUAUGAGAUUAUGUGUUUUCGCAGAAGUUAUGAAAUGCAUUGUCUUUAUGUGAAGUUUCAGAAACUUCUUGAGACUUUUGCCAAAGAAUAGUCGAGAAUUAAGUAAACGCAGACUGCUUGGAGCGUCGUCGCUGGUGUGGAAGAAAGUAACUUCUGGUUCCUUAACAGUACAAUGUGAACACUUAUAAUUUUUCCCCUGACAGAUCAGAUAGUUACUUAACAGUUGUCAAGCCUGGGAACACUCCAAGCCCAGCAUCCCUGACAGCGGAGCAUACGACAACCCACCGUGCAGGACCUGCGCGUGGACACCCUUGAGGAACUUCAACAAAUUACUCGAAGCCUCUUUUUUUUAGUACAAGUAUGAAGCCGUCAAGCACUCUCACCUCAGUACUCUACGGUAGCCUCGUGUGCCACCUCUCCUGCAGUUCCAGACACCCUUAUCUCACUCAUGUCUCGCAGGGGGAGGCCAGAGGAGGCCCAGUGAAGAUAUCAAGCUGGUUUGCAUAUUGAUCUCAGCUUGACCGUGACCAUUAUGCGUCAAGGAACACAUGGGAUCGCCACCUUACAUUAUCCUAAACACUGAUUUAGGAAGAAAGAAAAAGAAAAGAAAAAUGACAUUAUCAUUCGUACUCCAAGCUCAGGACUACAAAAUCUGUCAAGUUAAUUUAACUUUGAGUAACCAUUAACUUGAUGAUCUGUAUGCCGCAUUCAUGCUUGGCGAUAGACUUUUCUGUUUUCUUACUAUCAGCACGAAAUUGAAUACCUACCUGUCAGAUUCCCACAGUGAUGCACCCGGAAUGGAACUCCAGGAAGUUGAGGUGAAUUUGGUCAACUUUGCUCUGUUGCCGUGAUUCUGUUUUCUCUGUCCAUUACUUCAAGCCUCAGCUGCGAUCCGUAGUUCCUUGUUGACUUGUGGCACCCAACCAGACCCUAAUACUGAAGCGUUGUGGGGUGGGCAGUGGGACAGCCGGGCGGUGCUUAAACAGUGCGUUGAAAACUCAUUCUAGUGUUGGUAAGGCCCCAGUCCUGGCAGUCAUCGUUAUCAUCAGUCACCAACAUAAUCACACACGCAAGCAAGCACGGGGGACAGGUUUCCAUAAACCUACAUUGGUGUGGCCUAGGGGAGGGGUGUGAGGCGUUAGCGCAUACUCAGCUUGCCUCCAAUACACAUACCUCCCUUUCCCCUCAGCCGUUCUCCCAAAACUCGCGGUAUGUUGUACACAACAUGUCAUGCAGUUUUCGUGCUUCAUCCCAGAUUUUCCCCCGCCUCGAGUAAAGAAGGCUCCUCAUGUACCCAGCCUCGAACUCGGGGCUUUCUGACAGUUGCGUGGGAGUUGACUGUGAUAAGUGAGCGACGCUGCCAGCAACACGGGCGGCGGGUGCUGUCCAGUACUCGUCUCUUCUCUCCAACUCGAGGCUUCAAGGUGUGACACUUGACUGAUUCCAUCACAGCUAUGAUUUAUUCAUCUCUAAAUUGCAAUAUAUAAAUAUAUUUUCACCUUAACUAGAUCAAUGAAAACUGACUGAGCGUGACCAAGAUGUAUCACGAACUCAUCAGGCAAGACGUUCAGCUACGAGGUCUCGAGACUUGGAGUGCAGAGUCAAGCAAGACAGACGAUAAUUGCUUUGCAUUUGUGAACUUUAGGCGACGAGAUAAUGAUUCUUGUAGUAAGUGUAGAUAUUAACUUAGAAUGAUGUACUGUAGUUCACAUGGCUUCCUUAGCGGAGCCUAGUCGGUGUACCUGUCUACAAAUUAUGUAAAGUGGAGAGCGGGAGUGGGUUCUAUUUCUAAUGCUGAUGAAACUGCGAUUUGAAUGACAUCUGAAUCAUUGUGGACGUCUGACGGAGGCCAGGAGGUCUUACUGGUCUGCUGCUGUCGGCGAUCUAGUAACCCCUUGGCCGCCCGCACCGCCGCGGAGCCGCCACCCACAGGCGGACCGUCAAAUACUGAUUUUCGAUAGUCCAGACAUGUCACAACAGCUGCGCGCCACAAGUGUCUGGUGCAAAUAUCUCCUUGUAUCUCUUUGGUUAGGAUCUAGUCCUCCCAUUCACUCAGUACAACGUUAUAUUUCGCAUUUUGGAGAGAAAGAAACAGUGGAGGAUAUUUUAAUUUAUCAUCAUUAUUAUUAUUAUUAUUAUUAUUAUUAUUAUUAUUAUUAUUAUUAUUAUUAUUAUUAUUAUUAUUAUUAUUAUUAUUAUUAUUAUUAUUAUUAUUAUUAUUAUUAUUACUAUUAUUAUUAUCAUUAUCAUCAUUAUCAUCAUCAUCAUUAUCAUCAUCAUCAUCUAAUUGUAAUAACGAAGUUUAGAGUCAGUAGGUCGCAGCUAGUAAUUGUUUUACCUGUCACUGCUCGGAACACCAAUGAACGUGCAUACCACAAUGGAGGGAAGCCAGUGUUGAAGGCUGCAGGGUCGUCCCGAGAGGAAGGUUGUCGGUCGGUGUCCUGAGUCGCUAGGGACCGCCGGGAGACGACGGUGAAAAAUAUCGAAAAACAUUUUUGACACAUUUUUUUUUUAUAUCUAGUGGCCUCUGUAGACUACCUCGAUGCUGAUCCCUGAUAAAAUACGGUUUAAAGCUGGGCCUGGUCCCCUGAGGUAAUGAGGUCAACGGAAUUAAAAGAUUUGUCAUGUUAAGAGCACUUGUCCGAUUCUUUAGUUCAGUAGUGUAAACAUUUUUUCGUCAGGACUCCAGUUCUCUAGGGAAUCAACCUGAGUUAAUCAAAGCAUAACUCCAGCUCGGAUUCGUUUCAAAUAUCGUCAACUGAUCCUUUUUUCUUUUUUUUUUUUGUGUGUGUGCGUAUGUAUGUAUGUAGUGAUCAGUUUUCGUGGCACGUAUAAGACCCAUACAUGUUGCAGGCACACGAUGAGGGAAAUGUUUCGCCCAUUUGAUGCGUAGAGCUUCGAUUAAAUUAAACAUAAACAGUAUCAUGUGCUACUGUAGUGCAAAUAUCUGCAUGUACAAAUAACACCAAUAAUUAUACUGAUUGAUAUAAAGGCAAAAAAUAUUUGAUUAUCUAUUAUUGGGUAUAGCAUCAAUUUUCUUUUACUUGUCAAAGAAAACGUAAUUCCCAUUUUCUCAUUUUGUAUUCUAGUGUGAUGCCGUACGUAAAUAUUUGUGCCUGCUUUACUUUUAUAUAAACAUUUGAAAUGUAUACAUUUCUGAAAUCGUGCAUAUGCCGAAUGGAGUCAAGAACGAUGUAUACAACUAUUAAAAGUUCAUGUUCACGUAAUAUUUGCGGUGAUGAGAUAUCCCGGGAUGAAACCGUCACGUGACGCCAUAGUUACCAGUGACCACAUGGCAGUCCACUUCAGCCAGGCAAGGUGAGCAGCUGAAUGUGAAACCUUGCGCCAUCAGCAGUGUUUGUGUGACAUCAUUCAGACCUGGGUUACAUAUUGAUAACGGUGAAUCAUCCCUGUGACUCUGGAAACAACCAUUAAUGAAACUGCAGGUAUGUGGAGUCACAUCAAGCUGGUAUUAUCGAGUCUGGAGAUCCUACGUACUUUUUGGUCGGAUACAGCCAUUUUAUUUUAGCUAAGUUUUGUGUUUUCGUAUAUAUCUUCAGAAGGGAGGACCAAACCGAGUAUCGUAUGUUAAGAUCUAGUAAGUCAGUUUGCUCCAAGCAAGGCUAUAUAGUAGAGUGAACAACAAGAGGACGCAGAAGUCUGGUAAUUACAAUACUCAUUAGUGAUGGUCAUAUCGUUUCAGUCUCUGAGUUCAAUAUGAAAGUAUUACCGAGCCGUAGUUUAGCCAGCAUUAAUGAGAGAUGACGCUGCUCUGUUGGACCACUCAAAGUCCUUGUUGGUCACACACUGGAGCACCAUCAGUAAAGUGGUGAUGAGCUUUGAGUGCAGGCAGAGAAGUUGCCGCUGGUCAGACCUUGCGCACCACCAACUAAGCUGACAAGUUGAUUUGACAAUUAGAGGUCAUUUUGCAUUAGUAGAGGUUGUGAGCGUUGUACACUUCCCUUUACCGAUUCACAGGAUUGUGUUUUAACAUUUCUCACGAGUUCAUACCAGUGACUCCCUCCGUACACCGCCAUCAUACCGCAAAAGUUGAUUGUUUAUUCCAGUUAUUAGCAUCGUUCGUUUGCCGUCAUAUAACUCACUUCAAGAUUUCAUCGAUACACUGCAAAGUCCGGUCAUCAUAUAAAAAGAAAAAAAAAAGAAAAAAACUAAAACCGCAAAAGUUCCAUAAGAUGUACAUUAUUGUGAAUAUACCCACUCGCCUGCCCGCCCAAAAAAUCCCUUUCCUGCCCCAGUGUCGCUAGACAAGCCAACUUGUGACUGAGUACAUUACUGUUUGUAAAUACUUAUAACUCACGCUACCCUUGCCUUCCACCCUUUCUCUCUUAUACCAGACCGUGGCCGCGAGGGAGGUCGUGUGCCUCCAGGCCCUCGCUACACACAUAAUACAUGCAUACAGGCUGCUCAUGACAACGAACUGCUUGUCUGGUCCAGGAUGGACUGGCAUUGCAGUGCUGUUGUGCAGUUCACACGACCAUUCUCAACAUAUUGUAAAUACUUGCCUAUUCUCACUACCAAACAACACUAGAGGAUAUCGUUGUUACAAAUUUCCUGUUGCAGUCUGCAAAAUAAGUGUCGACUUUUAAUCUUUAUUAUUUUGUUUUCAUUUUUCAUUUUCACGAACCAUCGGAGGAAGACCUCAAAGUAACAUCAUUGUAAAUACAUUUUAUCCUACGAUGUUUCAUUGAUACCAGGUUAGAAUCGCAGUCUCGGAGGAAACUAGUGUGUCAAGCGAGUUUUAACCUGACAUUUGAGCGUCACGUCCCUUGCCAAGAGCAGCGUUGUCCAAGCCUGCAACCAUCGCAUGUAAGAUGGCGAGAGGAGCGAUUCUGGCAUGAUAUUCCUGAGGAUUCACACUACCUGGAGCCUGUUGGAUGCAUCUCUCCUUCCCUUACCCCGUUCUUUAGCUCAUAUUUUCUUUACAACCUCCUCCUCCUCCUCCUCCUCCUCCUCCUCCUCCUCCUCCUCCUCCUCCUCCUCCUCCUCCUCCUCCUCCUCCUCCUCCUCCUCGUCAUCGGCCUAACGCCCCUGCUCACUCUACCCAUCCACCUAUACCCAUGACUUCACUCCUGACGGGAUAGACGGUCGUUCGCCGUUCACCCAAGGCGCCCUGUCCUCUAAGCUCUAAGCCCUACCCAAGCCACUCCAUGUAAAACAGACAGGAUCUAUAACAAAAGAUGAACGUUUUCGUGCUGUGUGUACAUAAUAUAUUCUGUGUAAACACGUGAACGAGUUGAUAUCAAAUUUUGAGCUAAUUUUAAUCCAGUUUCCUUUGCCCUCUUCUUCCCUCACCCUCCUGCCGCCCCCAAUCGCUGUGUUUGUACGAAAGGUGUGCAGCUCCCCGAGAUGUGAUGAACAUUUUUUGUAUGAAGUCUUCGUAUUGAAAACAAAAUAAAAAAUAAUACAAUAAACAAUAAGUGAAGCAUAAAUUAUUAAUGUUAAGCAGUGGACAUGCAUUCACGAAUAGAUAACUUUGUUUUUGGUUGUUAGUAACCAUAUCACCACCCCAAUCGUUGUUGAUUUUUUGUUAAUUUCGUAUUUUGUAUUUCUUUGCCAAAUGUACAUGUUAAUACGAGUGACAUUCGCCCGCCACAUUUGGGAGGACUGCAAGUGCUGAAAGAUAAUUUCACUGCAUCCACGGUACUUUCUCCCUCCCCCCCCAACCACCUGCCCUCACACUGACAUCCAUAAAUCAUACAGUAUCCACGUGCUAGCAUUAUAAUUUAUUCUUGUGAGUCAGUGGAAGAUUAAUAAUAAUAAUAAAAAAAUCUGUUUCCCACCAUAAAAGUAAGUCGUGGACUGGCGAGCUUGUUGUCCGUGGCGGCGCAGGUCUGACGUGGAGGGGGCCAGUGGGGACGGGUUGCUGGCUGCCUCCACUCCACACCCUCGCGUCGACCCGGCAACUGCCAGACCAUCGUGUUGAUGCUCAUGUGUUUGUAAGCACAGAAGAAAAUAAAGUCUGAUAUUGUGAUGA